AUGUUUAUCGACCUAAACGUACCAUUUGCUCCAUCAGGAUUCAACUCUAAUACUCAAACCGUGACGAAACAAAAACAAAAGCAGAAGCAGAAAGGAAACAGUUCUGAAGCACCGGUAAUAAAUGCACCAACUUUGUCCAGCAACGAUCUUGACCUGAUUAAUUCCCGCUUGGAUGUCAUCUCUCAUCUCGGAUAUACCGUCGUCGCCUUGAAUUAUACUGUUUAUGGAAAAAUUGACCCAGCCACACACGUCAAUCCACUAUUGGCGGUUCCUCCUCGCAAGGACCUCGUUGUCCUCCGUCGACUUACUAUUAUCCUAGACGAAUCAAGCGAAAAGGGGUUUGGUCUUUCCACACAACAUGCGCCCCAUCUCGCUUCCUACGACAUCAUAGCACUUCAGCCAACCACCCCAAAUACUUUCUCGUUGGCAUGUCUUAGCCAUACACAACCAUCUCCUACAACCGCUCAUAUCAUCUGCAUUGAUGCUGCAUCGGCCACUCCUCAGCUGCCCUUUCGAAUGAAGCCCUCUAUGAUACGGACUGCCAUUCGCAACGGCGGUGUGUUUGAGAUAUCCUAUGCGGGUGCUCUCGCCUCUGAUGAAUCGGCACGACGAAAUUGGUGGUCGGGUGCCAGAGAGAUCGCAAGAGCUACCAAGGGAAAAGGAAUACUUUUAUCGGGUGGAGCUCAAGCGAUUUGUGAUUUGCGUGCGCCGAUGGAUGCGGUUAAUCUUGUCUCAGUUCUCGGCCUGAACCAAAAUACAGCCAGGAAUGCGAUGAGCACCGACGCGAAAUCUUUAAUCACUCGUGCAAGUACACGGCAAACAUACCGGGCCGUCCUCUCUGCCCCAGUACUUAUCGACGCCCCCACAGAGGCCCAUACCACUCCCACCGUAGACUCGACGCCCACUCCGCCCGCCCCGGGUAACUCCUCAAAACGGGUUCGAGAAUCCGAGGAUGUUGUAGCACACACUUCGGACGCUGGAACGUCCGAGCCGUCCGAGCCUCCACAAGCCCGACCUCCCAAGCGCUCCAAAGGCCGUGGUGCGAAAGCGUGA